AUGUCCCAGGAAGCCGUCAUUGCCGCGUCCGGAGCUUACCCAAAGCCCGCCCAGACCUUCCAGUAUGGCACCGCAGGGUUUCGUAUGAAAGCAGAACUAUUACCGUCCGUUGUUUUUCGCGUCGGUCUGCUCGCCGCCUUGAGGUCGAGAUACAAGGGUGGUCAGGUUAUCGGUGUCAUGAUCACUGCUUCCCAUAAUCCACCAGCUGAUAAUGGUGUCAAGCUCAUCGACCCUUUGGGCGAAAUGCUCGAGUCAAGCUGGGAAGCAUAUGGCACUGCCCUUGCGAAUGCAGAAUCCGACCAGGCCGUCUAUGACUACUACACCCAGCUUGAACAGAAGUUCAACAUCGACAAGGAUGUCGUCCCACAGGUCAUUUACGGCUCUGAUACUAGAGAGUCUAGUCCUGCACUUGUUCAGGCCCUCAAAGAUGCUCUCGAUGCCGUUGGGGUUAAGUCUCAGGGCUUUGGUGCUGUAACCACCCCUCAGUUGCACUACGUCGUCCGAUGUUUGAAUACUCAAGGGAAAGACGAUGCGUAUGGAGAACCUACUCUCGAAGGAUAUUAUCAAAAAAUAUCAACGGCCUUCAAUCAGUUGAUGGCCAAUAAAUCAAAUGGUUCUGUCACCGUGGAUUGUGCAAACGGUGUUGGAGGCCCCAAACUUCGAGAACUCCAAAAAUAUCUUAACGGUUCAAUCGAUAUCACCAUCACCAAUGAUGACACGGAGACAUUCUCGAAGCUCAAUUCUGAGAGUGGUGCCGACUAUGUUAAAACAGGUCAGCGCCUGCCACCAUCUGUAUCCGCCCAACCUCUCGCCCGCUAUGCCUCCCUUGACGGAGACGCCGACCGUAUAGUUUACUACUACGUCGACAAGGACUCCGUCUUCCAUCUCCUCGACGGUGAUAAAAUCGCCACCCUUGCCGCUUCUUUCAUCGGUGAUCUCAUCCACCAGAGCGGAAUCACCGACUUCUCGAUCGGUGUUGUCCAAACCGCUUAUGCGAACGGAAGCUCGACAGCUUAUAUUGAGAAGCUAGGUCUCCCAACCGUAUGCACUCCCACAGGUGUUAAGCAUCUCCACCACGCCGCUUUGGCAUAUGAUUGCGGUGUAUACUUCGAAGCCAACGGACACGGGACUGUCCUUUUCUCACCCACAGCUUUAAAGCGAAUCUUCGCCCAUGAACCCAAGAACCCAGCUCAAGAUACUGCAUUGACCCAUCUGAAGAAUAUCACCGAGUUGAUCAAUCAAACUGUCGGCGAUGCUCUAUCAGACCUUCUACUCGUUGAGGUCAUUCUGGCUCAUAAGGAAUGGACUCCAGAUCUUUGGGAUGCCUGCUAUACUGAUCUCCCCAAUAGACUGGAGAAGGCCGAGGUCGCGGAUCGGAACAUUUAUAAGACUACGGAUGCUGAGAGGAAACUCACACAUCCUGUUGGGCUGCAAGAGCAAAUCGAUGCUUUGGUCGGCAAAUAUGAUCAGGCCAGGAGUUUUGUAAGACCUAGUGGGACAGAAAAUGUUGUAAGGGUGUAUGCUGAGGCGGCGACCAAGAGUGAAGCCGAUGAGUUAGCACAGAAGGUCAAGGCUCUGCUUAAUUAG